AUGUAAGAUUAAUAGAAGAUUAUCCUACUUACAAAUUAACUAGAAGAACUAAGAAAAUUAAAUAAGGAUUAAAAAGAAUUGAUAUUUCAAUAUGAAGAAUAGAAUGGGGCUGCUGAAAGUAAUUAAAUAAUAUAUAUAAUUAGAGAAGAUCAAUGCUUUAAAUUAAAUACAUCAAGAUAAAGUUCGUAAUCUAAUGAAUUCAAUCACACUCUUAAAAAAGGAGAAUGCAUAAUUAAAAAAUAUGAAUAAAGAACACAAACGAUCACAAUUAAUUGAGUAACUGAAUUAAGAAAUUGCAGAUUAAGAUCUAGUUAUUUAAACAUUGCGUUCCAUAGUCAAUAAUGAUUAAAGAUGUGAUAAUUAAAUUAUUGAGGCUUUGAACAAAGGUCCUCCAAAAAUAAAGGCAUUAACAAGAGAAGAAUUGAAAAUUGAAAACAAGAAGUUAGAAAAUUAAUUGAGAUCUCUUAAAGAAUAAAUGACAAAGAAAUAAUAAGAAUUAAUGCAAUCAGAUCAAAGUGAAAAUGCUAGUACAUUCUCUUUGGAUGCUUAAUUUGAUAUACACACUAAAAAAAUAGCAUAAUUAACUGAAGAUAACUCUAAUUUUAAGGCUGAAAUUGCUGCUUUAUAAGACAAGAAUUUUAAAUUGGAAGAAACAUUAGAUGAAAAAAGUAGAUAGAUUACAGUUUUAAAUGAAUAAAAAGGUUAAUUAGUGAUUCUAACUAAGAAAUAUGAAUAACUUCAAAAAUUGAUGGAGGAUUACAAAAGAAGAGAAAAUUAAUAGGAAUUUCAUGAUAUCACAAAAGAAGUUGAUAUUGAAGAAUAGAAAAUGCUUAAUAAAGUUUAGGAGACUAAAUUAGAGAGUGUAGAAAAGUAAUUGAGAGCAGAAAUUGAUAUCAUAAAAUUAGAAAAGUAAGGAGUAUAAAGAGAUUUAGAAAAUAAAUCUACUGAAUUAGGAAAAGUAAUUAAGAAGAAUUAGUAAUUAGAGAAGAGAUUAAUGGAAUAAGAAAAAGAAUUGAAUGCUAAAUCGUAAUUAUAUAAUUAAUGAUUAGAAAAGAAUUACGUGAAAGAAUAGAAGAAUUUGCAAGAAAAGAAGCUGAUUAUUAAACUUAAAUUAGUUAAUUAAAAUAAUAGAUAACUUAAAAAGAAUUGGAAAUUUCACAACUUUUAUUAGAUUAAGGAUAAAUGAAAGCCAAUAUUGCAAAAUUAGAAUAAGAUAUAGAAUAAUUACAAGCUAAAUUAUAGAGAGCAGGAGCAUAUAAGUAGGUUGAUGAUAUAUCUUAUGAUGUAAAGAUCAAUAAGGAAAUUUAAAAUAAAUUAAAGUAAUAAACUAUUUCUGAUGAUCCAAAAGUUUUAAAGUAAGCCCUAAAAUAAUAAUAAUAAUAUUAUGAACAAGUUAUUUAAGUUUUAUAAUAAAGAGUGUUAUAAUAGAAAUAAGAUAACCUUUCUGAUGUAAGUUCAAAUAUAUCUAAAUUAAUAAAAUAAGAUGAUAAUAAUUAGGAAAUAGAUAUGUUAAGUUCUGAUAUUUCUUAAUUUGAAAAGAAAUAAUAAGAUUAUGAUGUGGAUUCAAAUAUUGAAGAUCAAAAUAUACCUUCUGAUAUUCAUUCUUCUGUUACAUCAAUUUUGAAUGCUCCAAAACCAACAAAAAAAUAAAUGGAUUCUAAUUAUUCUAGAUUUGAAUCAAUGAAAUCCUCUGACAUUGAUAAGAUAUCAUCUAAUCUAUCAGAUUAACAAAAUGCUUCACUUUCAAAAGUUAGUUCUAAUUUGUCAAAAAUAUCCUUUACUUCAUCUAUGCAGAGAGCUGUAAAAAGAUAUUGA